AUGGUUCAGAACGUUGGUCGCGGAAAUAAACAGCGUCUCCUGUCCGUCCUUGACGGCUACAAGCGAGAUCUGGAAGACGACGAGGGAAGUCGUACAGGAGGUGCCGAUGAAAUUAGUACAACUUCAUCACCUAAUGCUUUAGUUUCAUCAACUAAACAUGCUUUAGUCGAGCAUUUCGAGGACGAGGCGGAGGCAGUAGCUGACUUCGCAACGCAGAACGGAGAGGCAAAGAACCUCGUCAGCGUGAUAGAAGAACUAGAAAAUUCACGUGCGCACUCGGAGGACGAGGGCGCAUCUCAGGAUGUUGCUAAACCACAUGACCCAAACGACAAAAGGCAACAUUCCGACGAAGAAGAUAACUUCUUCGAAGUAGAAUCCAGCGUCUACACUGAUCCCUCUGGAGGCAAAAAUAGUGUGGAAAUCAGGAAACGAAAAGGUCAGGUGGAUAUGCCGAGUCAUGGAGAUUCUCGACGAAAAGACAAGGGCCUAUUAUCAAACAUUGGGAAUUUCGCCACCUGUAUGGAUGGAGAGGACGAAACAGGGUCUACCUGGCUGUCAAAUCGAAUGCUAGAAUGGCAACUGUUCGAAGCGCCUUGGAACGCUGAGGGGACGAAACCAUUUGCGACACUUCUUGGGUCUGGACGUUCCGGCGCCUUCAAAGGCGUAUCUCCUGUUGAAGACAAGAUUGUCCUGGAAAAGCUUUUGGCGUUACCGAGAGUUGCAACAGCACUCGAUGCACUGAAGCAGAAUGCGCAACUUCGUAGUGCGAAGAGCAGGAAUGCCUCGCCCACAUCUUCUACCACUGAUAGUGAAGAACAAUGCUCUCAACAAUAUCAAGUAGAAAAUACGUCUCUUCCCACGCACCAUCACCACUUGGCAAGGACUGUAGCUACCAAGCAUCGCUUAGAGCGAUACAAGAAUAAUAUCAUGAAUCUUUUGGUCCGCGGACGUACCUUGGAGUGGAACAAACGCCAGAUGUGCCGUUCCCUACCAAAGCUGGAUAUCGUUUUCGUUGCUGG